CGUGAUUUGGAGUGAAAAAUCAGGAUAUUAUAACUUUGAAAACUUCAUUUCUUUUUUUUCUCCAAUAUCUUCUCCUGGGAAGACGCCGAGAGCUCUUCUGUCAUUCGACGGAGUCUAGGGUUUUCCACUUCGACAGGCAAAGUGGUGCAGGGAAUUUUUGGCACCAAAACGAAGUUUCUUCCUUCAACUUCUUAUAUGAGAACCUUUGGAGAAUUCCAUCGCUUGUGAGCUUGUGAGCUUGUGACUGCCCUGAGAUGCUCUCUGAAGCCGAAGCUGUUGCAUUCUUAUUCUAUAGUGUAAGUUAAUGAUGACAUAUGGGGAAAUCCUGAAAGUCAUAUUUCCGCUAUUGGAUGGCAAGGACCUUGCUUCAUGCAUGUGUGUAAGUAAACAAUGGAGAGAUUUUGCUAGAGAUGAUUAUUUUUGGAAAUGCUUAUGUGCCAAGCGAUGGCCCUCAAUCUGCAAGAGGCCUACACCGCCCCCUUUAUCCUAUCAGAAGCUCUUCCAGAUGUUUUACAAACAUGACCGUCACAAAACUCUUCCUCCCCCAAAACUCUCUUUUAAUGACUUGGAAUUCUUUGUAGACAUAUGGGCUGAAGAGAGAGUAAUCUUCUCAGAAGUGGUCCCAGGCUCUGUCCUUCAAGGGGGGAUGAAGGACCUGCCUCCUGGAAUUUGUGAUAUGCUGAGGUACCACCUAGAGGGUCCCAGGUACAAGAUGAUAAUACCUGUUGAGCCAAAGUUCAACAUUCCUCAGGGCCAGACAGUUAGUGUCUCUGUGCUUGUGGGUCGGAGUGAUACCAACAAGGUGGCUUGCAUUGUCAACAAAUCCAAAUUUGAUUACAUAGAUCGGACAGCAUACAGGGCCCUCGCUUUUGAUUACCUCGUCUUCUCCCCACUCCACCCAUUCAUCUCAGACACCCGUGCCUGGGUUUCAUUGCUCUUCAUGGAGGAUGGGGGUGAUGGGGUUGUUGAUGUUUUUGGAUUUGAGUUGGAUUUCUGCGAUGUGGCGAACUCUGAAGCUGAGGUUUUGUGGCUACUGGACAUGCUUGAUUGGAAAUGAGAGAUUUGUUAUUCUACUUUAGGGAGAGAGAAUUCUACCUGGUUGCAUGGGCCUGUGCCAGUGCAGGGACCAAUGGAAGUGUGUACUGAGGCAUCCAGCAUGGGGAUGGGAUGGUCGUUUCAUUGUCCAUGUCUGGACACCGGAGUGCACAGCUAGGUAGUGUUCUUUGCUCCUCGUACUUUAAAUGAAUAUUGGGCAAAUGUCAUACCUGCGCCUGCACACGCAUGCUAAGGAGGCAUCCACUGUUGUCCUGCUAAUUAGUGAGCAGAAUCUACGUUGGGAGCAAUUAGUAAGAGCCGUUUAGUGGAAUGAGGAGGCAUGCUCACUUGACUGCUAGAGUUGCUGCUUGUGGAUUGGAACCUUGUAGGGUGUAACAUACAUUUUUGUUCUGUAAAGGGGAGGAGAAAGUUUCUUGUCCCACUGAUGUAGCACUUGACCGGUAUAAAAUGACUAAGACUCGGUCCGAGUUUAUUCUAA